GUAGCAUUGAGAAACUUGGAAACGUUGGAUAUAGGCAACAAUCAUUAUCUUGGCUGUCUCCCAAUGCAAGGUUUUGAAAAGCUAUCAGUUUUGAGAAAACUGGAGACUCUAAAUCUCGAACACAACAAAUUCAAUAAUAGCCUUUUGCCAUCUUUGAGUGCACUUACAUUCCUUAAGACACUUAAUCUUGGUGGGAAUAAAUUUGAGGGAUUAUUUCCAGCUCACGAAUUGGCUUAUUUGGGGAAUGUGGAAACGUUGGAUUUAAGUUCUAAUCUAAUUAGUGGGAUCCAAGGUUGUGAGACCUUGUCAAGAUUGAAAAAACUGGAGACUCUAUCUCUUAGUGACAACUACUUCAACAAGAGCGUCAUUCUAUGUUUAAGUCCAUUGAUAUCUCUGAAGAAUCUUUUUCUUGGUUACGCUAACUUGGGAGAUUCGUUUCCUGCCCGAGGCAUGUCUAUCUUUAAUAUAACUCCCAAAAAUAAUAUAUGUUAUCCAUCCUUAUCUUACUACUCCCUAACAAUGCAAGAUUCUGAACUACUAUCUAAGUGGAGCAAGAUGAGACAUCUAGAUCUAAGUCGUAAUUCUUUCGGCAAGGACAUCUUACGGAUUUUGGGUGCUCUCCCCUUACUUAAGUUUCUAUCCUUACAUGACAAUGCAAUGGAAGGACCACUUUCUAACAAAGAACUGACUUAUAAUGUCAGCAAUUUGGAGGUCCUCAUCCUCUCAUGGAAUCAGCUCAAUGGAACAUUGCCAAUAGAAGGCAAGAAAUUUUUCAUUUUAAGUUACAUUGUUAAUUUGUUUUCAAAUGGAAGUCAAUUCAUCGUCUUUAUUAUUAUUUUUCUAAUCUUAAGAUCAUUUUUGAGCUCUGUUAUUUUUGUAAGUUCUUUUGGCAUCAUUUAUCUUUUAUUAUAUGUUUUGGCAGGUUUGGCAUCUUUCUACCAUCUGAAGAUCUUGGAUUUGCAACAGAAUGGUUUCUAUGGGAGUGUUCCUCCAUUCAUAGGGGCAUCUUCUCUGAAAGCUUUAUAUUUGAAUUCAAAUAAAUUUAAUGGUUCUUUACCCAUUCAAGGUAAAAAUCUACCUUUUUGUGAAUUGAAGAAACUUGAAGAGCUCGACCUCAGCUAUAACCACAUUGAAGGAAUCCUUCCUCCAUGCCUAAGCAAUUUGACAUCUCUCAGGUUGUUUGAUGUUUCUGGGAACCAAUUCAUAGGAAACCAUUUAUCAUCUCUGCUGGGCAGCCUCAAUUCCCUAGAGUACAUUGAUCUUAGGCAUAAUCGUUUUGAGGGAUUAUUCUCAUUUAGCUCAUUUGUGAACCAUUCCAAGCUUGAGGUGGUUGCAAUUACAAGUGAUAAUGACAAAUUUGAGGUGGAAACUGAAUAUAAAGAUUGGUUACCCAUGUUUCAGUUGAAGGUCUUUGUGCUACCAAACUGUAAUCUGAACAAGCGCUCUGGUGAUUUUCCGAAGUUUCUUCUUCACCAGAACACACUAAGUUUUAUUGAUCUCUCCCACAACAACUUGGAAGGUUCAUUCCCAAACUGGCUACUUGUGAACAAUACGAAACUGGAAUAUUUAAGUCUGCGGAAUAACUCUUUUGUUGGUGAAUUUCAUUUGUCGCCAUAUUACAAUUCUUAUACUUGUUGGAUGGAUGUUUCAGACAAUCAAUUAAUUGGGCAUAUUCAACUUAAUAUGGGGGAGAUGGUUCCAUAUCUUAUACACAUAAACCUAUCCAGGAAUGCUUUUGGAGGUAGUAUCCCAUCCUCAAUUGGUAAGAUGAGAAUUUUGGAGGUUCUAGAUUUAUCCAGUAAUAAUCUUUCAGGAGAAGUACCGAAGCAGUUAGUCAGAAAUUGCAGAUCUCUACGUUCUUUAGCGUUAUCAAAUAACAAAUUUCAUGGCCAAAUGUUUUCAGAUGACUUCAAAUUGACUCAGAUAGAGUAUUUACGAUUGAACGAUAAUCAGUUCACAGGGCCUCUGACAAAUGUGGUCUUCAAUUUGUCUAAACUUUCUAUGUUGGAUAUUAGCAACAACAACAUGUCAGGUAAGAUUCUAGAUUCGAUGAAUAACAUGAUACGUUUGAGAACAUUGAUCAUGCGAAAUAAUGCAUUUAAUGGUCAGUUCCCAUGUGCACUGAUUCCAAAUGUGUUCAUGGACAUCUCUCAUAACUCAUUUUCGGGAACACUUACUUCUUGCUCAAACCCAAACUUGGGAGUCGUGGUGCAUGUUCAUUUGCAAGGGAACCAUUUUACGAAAUUCAUUCCAGAAGCUCUUACUAAUUUAUCAAAACUUGUGACAUUGGAUGUCAGUGACAACAACUUGUCUGGCAGGAUUCCCCUGUCCAUUAGGUUGCUUGCCAACCUUAGCAUUCUUAUAUUGAGAGGAAACCAAUUGGGUGGUUCCAUUCCAACACAACUGUGCCAACUGAAUAAGAUAAGCUUGAUGGAUCUUUCCAAAAACUCUUUUACGGGGUCUAUACCAAGUUGUUUAAGUAAUAUCACAUUUGGGGCAAUAGGGGCUACUGAUCUUGCUUUCGCUCAAACACCUUUAGAAUUUUACAGCACUAGGCAUAUCUUCUAUGUGUAUGAAAAUGUCCUACUUCCACAUCUAGAUAUGGUCUUUGAGAUUGGUGGCCCCGAUGGCACAUAUGAUAAAGUAGAUGAAGUUGAGUUUAUUACUAAGAGUAGGACUAACUCCUACCGGGCUGGCAGCAUCCUUAACUUCAUGUCUGGAUUGGAUUUGUCAUGUAACAAACUAACAGGUGAAAUACCUUUUGAACUAGGGAAGUUAAGUAGUGUUCGUGCACUGAACUUGUCUCACAAU